AUGGGCUGGGUACAUACCCACUGGGCUAUGAAGAAUCUCACUGUCCUUCAUUUGAAAAUCAUUAGCAGACAAAUAUCCUCUGACGACCCAACUUUUUUAAUCCUCUCUACAUGCCCCCCAUGUCAUACGCAGAAGCCGCUGCACGAGGCGCAAGCCAAAGCCCGAAAGAAGGCCGCCCCCCAACCGGCUCAAAUCGAAGUCGCAGAUAUCGAAACAACAACCUCCUCUCUUGUUGACGUCGACUCCCCCCACAUCAACACCGUCCCAUCGACCUACGAAUCCCAAUCUGUAAAAACAAAUACCCAGGCUGAGCGCCUCCAGCGCGAAGAGCGUGAAAACCCUCGUGAAGGCAAGAACAAAGAGAAAGGCAAGACGGCUGUGGGUCGAGAGAAGGAAAAGGCCAAAGGAGCUUAUGCGAAGCUGUGUGAGAAUCGGACGAAUCCAGUGCUAGUGACCAACGCAAUCCUGUUCACGGCUGCGAGUGCCGGAUUAGGGUAUGGUGCAUAUCAAAAGUAUUUGAAGGGAGUGUUGACCUGGGACACCGUUAUGUGGUGGGGCGGUGGUAUCGGAGCUGCUGGACUUUUGGAUUAUUACGUGAGCAGGUGGUUCGUCCAGAACAAAUAUCCGCCAAAAUAACAGCCUCUUUCUUUUCACGGAGUGACGAUUCGGGAAUUUAUCGGAGUCAUCCAUGUCUACCAUGACAUGACGAUGCUCCAAUAGCUUGCCAAAUAAUUUCUCCACUUCUUAGCACUUGUUGUUGUUGGAUUUGCACGUCGGAGUUAAAUGGAUAGCUCUAGGUCUAUAUCUGUAUCAAAGCUGCAUACGCAUCUGUAGUAUCUGUAUAUUUGUUAGUACGAUUGAUAGUCCGUCUAAGGAUUUCAAUCAUAUUGCCGGACAGAAAAGCAAUUAGUAUAAAUUUGAAGGGCUCCGGACCAUCGAAGCCUUCGAAGAAAUGGGGACGGCUCCCGACCGCUCCCGCUCCUUGGUCUUUCGGCCCGACAAU